UUAAUCUAUUCCGAAAUUGACAGGCACAGACUAUAUUUUAAAAAUAACAAAAUUUCGCUUUGUAAUGGAGUGCUGCUGACUGUUCUUUUUUCAUUAUAUUGUAAAGUUAUAAAACUACAACGAUAAUAUAAUUUCUUAAAGAGAACAGGCUAGAUAAUGGGUCAAAAUCAAUCAGGCAGUGGAAGCGGUGGAGACAAAAAAGAUGACAAAGAUAAGAAGAAGAAAUAUGAGCCUCCGAUCCCCACAAGAGUCGGGAAGAAGAAGCGCAAAGCAAAAGGGCCUGAUGCCGCCCUGAAACUGCCCCAGGUGACGCCACACACUCGGUGUAGGCUAAAGUUACUGAAACUGGAAAGAAUCAAAGAUUAUUUGCUCAUGGAAGAAGAGUUUAUUCGUAACCAAGAAAGGCUUAAGCCCCAGGAAGAGAAAAUUGAAGAAGAAAGGUCUAAGGUUGAUGACCUAAGAGGAACUCCCAUGUCGGUGGGAACUCUGGAGGAGAUCAUAGAUGACAAUCAUGCUAUCGUCUCCACUUCAGUGGGCAGUGAGCACUAUGUCAGCAUCCUGUCCUUUGUAGAUAAGGACCAGCUGGAGCCUGGCUGCUCUGUUCUGUUGAACCAUAAGGUUCAUGCAGUGGUUGGUGUAUUAGGUGAUGACACAGACCCUAUGGUAUCUGUCAUGAAGCUAGAGAAAGCUCCACAAGAGACCUAUGCUGAUAUCGGAGGACUGGAUACUCAGAUUCAAGAGAUCAAGGAAUCAGUGGAGCUUCCUCUAACCCAUCCAGAGUAUUAUGAAGAGAUGGGUAUCAAACCUCCAAAAGGUGUCAUACUCUACGGGCCACCUGGCACAGGGAAGACCUUGCUGGCCAAGGCGGUAGCCAACCAGACAUCUGCAACAUUCCUGCGAGUUGUUGGUUCUGAACUCAUCCAAAAAUAUUUGGGUGAUGGUCCUAAGCUUGUGCGUGAACUGUUUCGUGUGGCUGAGGAACACGCUCCGUCUAUUGUGUUCAUCGAUGAAAUUGAUGCUGUGGGCACCAAACGUUAUGACUCUAACUCUGGAGGUGAGAGAGAAAUUCAGAGAACCAUGUUGGAGCUUUUAAACCAGUUAGACGGAUUCGACUCGAGGGGAGAUGUUAAAGUAAUCAUGGCCACAAAUAGGAUAGAAACACUGGACCCAGCCCUCAUCCGGCCCGGCCGUAUAGACAGGAAGAUCGAGUUCCCAUUGCCUGAUGAAAAGACAAAGAGAAGGAUCUUUACAAUUCACACAUCACGAAUGACACUCGCCGAUGAUGUCAACCUCUCAGAGUUAAUCAUGUCGAAAGAUGAUCUCUCUGGUGCUGAUAUAAAGGCAAUUUGUACAGAAGCUGGUCUGAUGGCUCUCAGAGAGAGACGUAUGAAGGUAACAAAUGAAGACUUCAAGAAGUCCAAGGAGAGUGUUCUUUAUCGCAAGAAGGAAGGCACACCAGAAGGCCUUUAUCUUUAAUUGCAUUAUAAUUAAUCAAGUUUUCUAGAAUUUCUUGAAUCUUUUACUUAUUAUUAGAUUUAACAAAAUAAUAGAAAUAACUUUUAUGAAGAAAUUUCUAGAUCACACUGAAUGUAAAAGUAUGCUUGAAAUAAUAAAAUGUAAUUUAAAAA